AUGAUGGCACUUUCUGAGCAUGCAAACUUAUUUUCAUUUCUUUAUGACAUUUCCAAAAUAAAAAAUAGCGAUGAACUUAUGACUCAUUGUAAAGACCUUCAACUAGCAUUUGCAUCAGAUGACAGCUUAACUUCUGACAUUAAUGCAGUAGAAUUAUAUGAUGAAAUUACAGUUCUGCAAAGACGGCUCAAUGAUACAGAGACUAAUCCUCGGAUUGUUUUGGAAUACAUUUGUGAAAAUCAAUUUGUUGAACUUCUUCCUAACACUUAUACAUCGUUAAGAAUCCUUUUAACACUUUAUGUGACGGCUGCCACGGGAGAAAGAAGUUUCUCAAAAUUAAAAAUUAUUAAAAAUUAUUUACGAUCCCAAAUGUCACAAGAUCGCUUAGUAGGCCUUGCAAUGAUUUCCAUCGAGAAAGAAUUAGCCUAUAAUAUGGACAUGGAAGAAGUUGUACCUAACGCAAAACCAAGAAAAGUAAAGUUCUAA